AAAAACUCUUUAAAAAGGAGAGAGAGAGAGAGAAAAAAAAAAAGACAAAAACGCGCUAUAAAAUGCGGCCACCGCCUCCGCCUCCCACCUCUCUCGCAUUCGAGACGAAGCCGACGAGCUCAGCAGCGCCGGCGCCGCGACGCAAGGCCCCCCUCCAGACUAGGUGUCAAUCAGAGUAAAAGAUAGUGAUGUGGCGUCGCUGGAUUUGCUGCAGUUGUCAAGUGGAUGAAUCUGAUCGGCAUGAAAAUGGGCAUGUCAAGGCCACAACCAAUAAUGCUGACGGAAUGACAAAGGGGUUGAAAGAUUCUGCUACUGGAAAAGCCGAGCCACAGAAUGCUGCUCCCCCUAUCAAUAUUCCUGUUCUAUCCAUGGAUGAACUGAUAGAAAAAACUGAUGAGUUUGGGUCCAAGGCUUUGAUAGGUGAAGGGUCUUACGGGAGAGUGUACUAUGCCGUCCUUGAUAAUGGGACAAAAGUGGCAGUGAAGAAACUUGAUUCUACUGAAAAUGACCCCACUGCAGAAUUCUUGACCCAGGUGUCAUUGGUUUCUAGGUUGAAGCAUGAAAACUUCAUAGAUAUGUUGGGGUACUGUACGGAGCUGAAUCUGCGCAUAGUAGCCUACGAAUUUGCCACCAUGGGUUCUCUGCAUGAUGUUCUACAUGGAAGAAAAGGAGUUCAAGGUGCGCAACCUGGUCCAGCACUUGAUUGGAUGCAGCGAGUGAAAAUUGCUGUUGAUGCUGCGAAAGGACUUGAAUAUCUGCAUGAGAGAGUUCAGCCUUCUAUUGUACAUAGGGAUAUUAGAUCAAGUAACAUCCUCUUAUUUGAGGAGUUCAAGGCAAAGAUAGCAGACUUCAACCUCUCAAAUCAGGCUCCAGAUAUGGCUGCUCGGUUGCAUUCGACUCGUGUGUUGGGAACCUUUGGAUAUCACGCUCCAGAGUACGCAAUGACUGGUCAGCUAACCCAGAAAAGUGAUGUAUAUAGCUUUGGAGUAGUUCUCUUGGAACUUUUGACAGGUAGAAAGCCGGUAGACCAUACAAUGCCUAGAGGGCAGCAGAGCCUGGUAACUUGGGCUACACCAAGAUUAACUGAAGACAAGGUGAAGCAGUGUGUAGAUCCUCGGUUGAUGGGUGAAUAUCCACCAAAAGGAGUUGCUAAGCUCGCUGCUGUAGCAGCUUUGUGUGUGCAAUACGAAGCAGAGUUCCGCCCAAACAUGAGCAUUGUGGUCAAGGCUUUGUCCCCACUACUCGUGAAUAAGCAGACUCCAGCGCCUGCACCACCACCUGCUCUUGACAGUUGAUGUAUAGAAGUAACCAAAGUUGCAAAUUGCUAGGAGCAACAUAUUUGGAUAAUACACAUGGAUCAAUGUUACUUCUCAGAUUUCCGCAACUGACUGCAUGGAGGUCGGAGGACGUGUUUAGGAGUGCAAGGACAACGGAGUAUGUGCACCAUGUUAACAAUUUUCACAUUCAUCUUUCAAAAAACUGCAAUUCUAAAGCAACUCUGUAUUUUGACCAGAUAUAGACUAAAAUGUGCAUAUGCCUAGUUUACGACUUUACGACUCACCGGAUGUCAUUGGUAAUACUCAGUUGGCUUUGAUCUAUUAUUUGAGGUGACCUGGUUCUCAUAUUUAGUUCAGUGACUUCCAUGUAAAGUGAAUUAUUGGUGCCUUUUUUAUUUCCUAAAAUGCCAGUAUCACAGCCAAUGUUAUGUUU